GUUCGGUAAAAUAGAUCAAUGUAAAAAUUUUUACUUUACGGCAACUUUGAUUAUGUUGUCAGUUGUGAAAACUGUAAAAAGUUAUUGAUAGUGAACAUUGUUUGUUUGUUGUUAUACAUGAUAAAUUUAACAAAAAAAAAAAAAUAUUAUCUGAUUUAUUGCUUAAGAGUAAAUCCACGAAUAUACACGGAAAGUAGAAAUUUUAUUCAUAUAUCAUCAUUGACUAACAUUACUGGAAAUUUGGUUGAAGACUAGAUAUAAAAAUAUAGUCCAUAUUGGAAGAUGUUUUCGCUGCAGAAAUUAAAACAACAGAGACUGAUACAUUUAUGUAUAGCAAUAACUUUUUUUACAUCAGGCUUGGUUAUAAAUUUCGCACAAUUAAUUUUGACGUUAACGCUAAAACCAAUCAAUAUAUGGCUCUUCCGUAAGAUAAUGUACUAUUUAUGCUACUCAUUGUAUUCACAGUUAAUUUUUAUAAGUGACUGGUAUUCAAACAGUUCCAUAAAAGUUUAUAUGGAUGCUGAUGAUUUAGCACAAUAUGGCGGUAAGGAACAUGUUUUGCUUAUUAUGAAUCAUUCAUAUGAAAUUGAUUGGCUCGCUGGUUGGAUGUUUACUGAGAAAAUGGGAGUUUUGGGAAAUUGCAAAGCAUAUGCGAAAAAGGUGAUUGCCUACAUCCCUGUUAUUGGCUGGUGUUGGAAAUUCGCUGAGUUUGUUUUCUUGGAAAGGGCUUACGACAAAGAUAGGCAAAUUAUAAGCCAUCAGUUAAAAGAAGUUUUCGCCUAUCCUGACCCCACUUGGCUGUUACUGAAUGCUGAGGGAACGCGUUUCACCCCCAAGAAACACGAGGCUUCACUUAAAUUUGCCCAAGAACGCGGCUUGCCGGUGCUCAAACAUCAUUUGAUACCUCGAACGAAAGGUUUCACUGCCAGUUUAUCUAGCUUACGUGGUAGAUGUCCGGCAAUUUACGACAUUAAUCUGGUUUUCAAAAAUGAUGCUAAAAACUCACCGACAAUAUCUACUUUACUAAAUGGUAAGCCUGUUGAGCCGUAUAUGCUGGUGAGGCGUAUUCCUAUGGAGAAGGUACCGGGAAACGAAGAGGAAGCCACAGAAUGGUUACACGAGUUGUUUCGUGAAAAAGAUCAAAUCAUCGAUAGCUUUCAUACAACCGGCAGUUUUUUCAAGACCUCUGCCGUAAAAGAAGUUCCAUAUAAAAUGUACAGCGGUCGUUUAUGUUCCCUAAUUAACUUCGCCGUUUGGGCUUUUAUCUCAGUCUCGAUGGUACUACACUAUUUGAUUUCAUCGUUACUGGCUCAAAAUUGGCUUGGACUAUCAACUGCCAUAGGCAUUUUGACCACUUUCUACUUGUUCAUGGUAAAGGCAAUUAAUAUGUCAAAAAUUAGCAAGGCUUCUACUUAUGGAGCUGAUGUCAAAAUGGGCACAAAUUAAAUUAAACGCGCACACACUACACAUUCAUUUAAUGUUAAUUCCUGUAUGUAAAAGUGUACGUCAAAUCCCAUGCGUAGGUGUAUGAUACAAGUUUUGCAAAUUCCAAGUUAAAACAUAUUUCCUUUUCUCUCUUUUAAUACGAGGUUUUUAGUUAAUAAGCAAAAGAUGCAAGCUUGGAAACGCUUAUGUGAUGCCUGCAUCCAAAUGUUAACUUAAAUUUAUAUGUUCUACGCUAGCAUAAAUCGCAUCACCACUGUGUGUUUAUUGGACAUUAGAAAAAUUGUUACAAAACCGACACAGUUUGUAACAGCCAGCCAUUUUUGCAUGUAUUUAUAAAACGAAAGAAAAAUAAUAAUUUUCAAUUUUGACUGCAAGAAAAACAUUUAUUCAUUUCUGAUUUAACCUUUAAGUAGCUAUACUUUUUAUGCUAUUUUACAUUGUUUUGGUUUUUUUAAUAAAACCAUUUUUUUAUAAAGUCAAACAAAUCGAGAGAAAAAAAGUCGAAAAUACAUACAAAAUACAAAUCUACGGCUCUAAUUUGUCUUCAAUA